ACGAAUGACCGUCGUGCCUAAGUUCCUCGGGAAAUCUCAACAAAAGAUGCCUAUUUUCAUAACAAAGAAUAAUAAAAUUACUUUAAUUGAAGGACAAAAAGCCAGCAAACUGUUUCUUAAAAGCGUACAACCAACAAAGAAUGCUUACAAAAACCAAUUGGCCUUCAGAGAAGAUAUCAUAUAUCGUUCUACAGAAGGUGAUUUUUUGAGAGGGAAUCCCCAACAAAAUGUCGUUAUAAUGAACCGGUUGGACUUAACAAAUAACAGCUGUAGGACGAUAGCCCAAUUUAUAAAUCAGUCCGACAAGAGCGUUGUAUAUGAAAAGACAUCUGAUGCUGUAACGGAACUUAUUGGGCAAGAUAGUUUUGACACAGUUCUAUCAGCACUGGUUUCGGUCAUAAACCAAGAGUUGAAAGUAAAGGGAAUAAUGGGUCUCCUUGUGGAGGACAAACCUGAAUCCUUACCUAAAGAAAAACAGAAAACGUUUGCUGAGAAAUGCUGCCAAACGGACGUGAACUGUAUGGAGCUUAUAUACAGAAUAAAGCAGAAGAAAAGAAUUAAAAGGACUCAGUUAAUACCUUAUGUUGUUAAAGAUAGUCCAAUGGAGAAAAAAAGAGUUGUCAUACACCCUGAUAAUGCGAAAAUAACAGACAACACAGAAGACAUGGAAACAAUGGAGAAAUGUUCAGAAAAUCGAGAAAAGGACUUACCAGACAUAAGGUCAUUUAAUGAAGACAGCAAUGCUAGCACAAGCACAGUUGGCAACAUAUCUACAUUAUCAGGCAUUACUACGAAUUUUAAGUUUAAUAAUUUACUUGACAAUCCAACAGAAAUUUUUAAACAAAUUGAUCAGUGCACAGCAACGGGUGAUAACAAGAUAAAACCGGUUCAAACUCAGGAGUCAUUACAACAGUCUCAACAGAGUCUACAAAACUCCCGUCUGAAUAAUUCUGACUCAACAAAAUUAUCAUUAACUCAACAAACAAUAGUUGAAAAUGCAACAAAGGUGCAACAGUUAAGUCCACAAAGAUUAACAACUGUACAUCAAAGGGUUCAAGAAAAAUUUAACCCAGCGUGUAUAACAAUGUUAGAUGGAACUCAGAUUAUGGUGCCAGUGAAGCCUGAAGAUCAUUUUCACAUAGCUACACCGGAGAUAUUAAAAAAUGUUACAUUGGACGAGAGAAAGAAGUUGCUGUGGUACCAAGCGUACAUAGACUGGAAACUCUGUUUACAACGUGAUGAAGAUGAUAACUUGCCCAUCCACCUGGCGGUAAUGAACAACGACACAGACGUUUUGCGAAGACAGUGCCUCGUCCUGAAAAACCGGAAUGAGUCCAUUGACAUCACAGCUGGUAACCUG